AGAAUUCCAGUAGCAAACCGGCCCGCCAAUUCUGAAGGAUGUAAACAGAGCUGUUCCCCUUCUCUCCGACGUGAUGUGAAGAAAGUUCCUUUUACUACAUAACGGUGAAUAUUUCCAUGUCAGCGAUGAACACCAGUCGAGCAGGAUCGGUCGAUUCAUCCCAGCUUGUUGCCAGUGGUGACAGCGAUUCCAUCAAAGUUUUUGUGCGAGUGCGACCUCUGACCCGGGGCACUGGACUGACCACAGAUGGAGAUCAGAGUCUGUGUCUCACCGUCACCUCACCCAACACCAUCCGUCUGCUCUCCAAGCCAGAGCCGAGAACCUUCACCUAUGACCAUGUGGCUGAUAUGGACAUAUCUCAGGACUCUGUAUUCUCCACUGUGGCUAAGAAUAUUGUGGAGUCUUGCAUGAAUGGAUACAAUGGCACUAUAUUUGCUUAUGGACAAACCGGCUCAGGGAAAACAUUUACCAUGCUUGGACCAUCUGAGUUGGAUAACUUCACAGAUGAACACCGGGGGGUUAUCCCUCGAAGCUUUGAGUACCUGUUUUUUCUCAUAAACAGAGAAGUGGAACAGUCUGCCAAGUCUAAGAGUUUCCUCUGCAAAUGUUCAUUUAUUGAGAUAUACAAUGAACAAAUUUACGACCUCCUGGACACAGCGUCAGCCAGUCUUUUCAUGAGGGAGAAUAUCAAGAAGGGUGUGUUUGUUGAGGGAGCGGUGGAGAAGUUUGUCAACUCAGCCGCUGAAGCCUACCAGGUUCUGUCUAUGGGCUGGCGUAAUCGACGGGUGGCCUCCACCUCUAUGAACCGCGAGUCUUCCAGAUCUCAUGCUGUGUUUACCAUGACUUUGGAGUCCAAAGAGUCCAUCAAUGAGGUGGUGAACAUCCGAAUGUCUCAGCUGAACCUGGUGGAUCUGGCAGGAUCCGAGAGGCAGAAAGAUACACACACAGAAGGCUCCAGACUCAAGGAGGCCAGCAGUAUCAAUCGUUCCCUCAUGUGUCUUGGUCAGGUGAUCAUGGCCCUGGUGGAUGUGUCCAAUGGGAAGAACCGCCACAUCUGCUACAGGGACUCUAAACUCACCUUCUUGCUAAGGGACUCUCUUGGAGGAAAUGCAAAGACUUACAUCAUAGCCAAUGUCCACCCUGGUUCAAAGUGUUUUGGAGAAACCCUGUCGACCUUGCAGUUCGCUCAGAGGGCAAAGCUGAUCAAGAACAAGGCGAUCAUCAAUGAAGAUACACAGGGAAAUGUGAGGCAGUUACAGGCUGAGGUGAAGAAGCUCAAGGAGCAGCUUGCACAGGCACUCAAUUCUCCGGGAGGGGACUAUGGGAGAGAUAUCGCACCAGGAGGACCUGAACUGCCCAUGGGCUCUUCCCUUGACAUUCAACAUGACUUUUCAUUUAAAACAAAGUUUAUGGCAGCUGUUCGUCUUUGGACGAAGCGAGAAGAGGAAAAGAGGACUCUGCUCCAGAAGGUGGCUCAGCUCGAGGCGGCCUGGACACAAAAAGACAAGUUCAUACAUUCUAGCCGAAUGAUUGUCAGGUUUCGAGAAGACCACAUCUCUCGUCUCGAGAAAAAAAUGAAGGCAGGACAAAACCUCCUGUGUGACAAGGACUCUCAGGCUCUGAUUGACCAGCUGAAAGAAGAGAUUAAGAUCUUGAGAGAUCAGGUUGAACAUCACCCAAAGAUGACUCGAUAUGCAGCCGAGAACUACAGCCUGAGAGAGGAGAACCGGCACCUGCGUUCUCUUGAAUCAGUGGUGAAAGCCGAGGAAGUUGUAGUCCAAGUUUCUGCUGAAUUGGAAGAGGCCUUCCAGACAGCCAUGGAGUCAGAAAGAGCCACAGAGACUCCAGCAGCCUCCUCAACCCCUGUGGCUGCAGACAGUGUUUCCACAUCUACAAUUGAGAAGCUAAAGGCUCAAAUGCUACAGAAACAGUCCGACCUCACAUCUGCACUUCAGGCAUUUGAGGAGUACAGAGAAAUCACCAAGAAACAGUUGUCUCAGCUGGAGUCUGAAAAAAGAUACCUGGAAAAGUCCAACAGGCAUUUGGAAAAUAUUUUGGAAGCCACGAACGCUUACAAGAAACGGGAGGUCUCUGAGCUGAACAGAAUUCACGUUGAAACUUUAAAGAUUCUCACCACGCCCACAAAAGCGUACAACUUGCGGUCCUGUUUCCUGCCUCUGUGCAGCCCGGACCACCUGAACGGGACAGACAACAAGGGAGAGGACAUUAGGGAUGAGCUGCCUCCGUCAGACAUGGCUGAGAUGGCCUUGACUGAGGAACUGCGCCAUGUGCAAGAGCAAACCAGCUCUUUCCAGUCUCAGCUGAAUGAGGAGGAACUAAAGAACAGCAAGCUGUUGCAGCAAAUUGCAAAAUUUGAAGAGCAGAUCACUUUGAUAUCACAAGAGUCACGCCAGAAGAAUGAGCGACUUUCUGCAGAGACAGCGAAAAGGAACAGAGAUCUACUCAGCCUGCAAGAAACUGUCAAUAAGCUCAAGCAAAGCCUUCAGUCUGAACAGCAAGCCUCAGACGUCCUGAGGAGUGAGAUCCGUGAUCUACGCCUGGUGCUGCAGUCGUCCGAUAAGGAGCUGGCUGCUGUGAGGGACAAGUUAAGAGACCGCCAGAGCAAGGAGCAAAGAGAGAUGAGCCAGCUCUCCAACAGUCUGAUCAGCACACAGCUCCAAAUGGACAAAGUCCAGCUGGAGUGGGAGCAGCUUCUUGAGCAGCAUCGGACUCUGCAGGAUUCAUUUGACCAGGUUCAAGCUGAGUCUAAGUUUGAGGCUGAUCAGUCAAGACAGCAGCUGCAGGACCGGCAGCAGGAGAUUGACAAAGUGAAAGCACAGCUCAUGAAAUUGAAUAACUCUCUGCAAAACGAGCAAGAGCACUCAAGCACCCUGAUCUCGCAGAUGAGAGAAAACAAAGAAAGUACAUCAAAAGAACUCAAUGAAACUGUGGAGCAGAACACGCAGCUCAGAAAACAAGUCUCGGACCUAACGGCACAAAACCAACAACAGGAAACAAAACUUGUCGAUCUUGAGCUCAAUCUAACCUCUGCCAGUGAAAUCGUAAAGGGCUUGGAGCAAGAGAUUGAACAAAAUAAAGUUGUUGUUCUAGAUCUGAUUAAUCAGACCAGAGACCUCCGUGUUGAGCUGAUCCAGAAGGAGCAGACCAUUACCCACUUGUCUGAAGAUGUCACAGACAUCACAGCCAAGUUCAAUACCUCCUGCCUUGAAAGGGAUGACAUGAGGGAACAAAACUCUAAGAUGCAAACAGAAAUGUGUGACCUGAAAGAAAGCUUAGACAGAAGCGUGGCAUCCAACAAGAUUGAGGUGGAGGUGUUGCAGGAGGAGCUGACUUAUGCCACUGAGGAGGUUGAGAGACUCACUAAGGUCUUAGAUGAUCAGAAUAGCCUCCUCCAAGCGUCUCGAGAGCAAACAGCCCAGAAGGAUGUCAUGAUACAGAAUCUACAGCAGAAGGUGGAACAACAGCAAGAUGCUGUUGAGAAAACGAUCAGAAAUGGAAGUUUGAAACCCCUUGUUGAGACGGCAGUCACACCUAAAUCAUUACCUCGGAUGCCUCACACUCCAGGCAGCUUCAACAGGGAUCUGAACCAGGUGCUUGAGAGUCAGGAGAGGGAGCUGGAGAAUCGACGCUCCUCCAUGAUGACCAUGGAGAUUCUUUUAGCAGAGCUGAAUGCUGAAAGAGCUGCCAAGAAUGAUGAGAUCGCAAGGCUGAAGACGCAGCUCACUGAGAAAGAGGUGGUCCGGAUGGAGAUCCAGGCCUUGCUUGACAAGUUUUAUACCAAGCAGAGUCAGAUGACACAGAAUGGAAAUGAUCCUGAGGACCUUAAUGAUGCCAUCAAACACUCUAUGAAUAAGGAGCUGCAGGAGGAGCGAGCAGAGAAGAACGACUUAACAAGGACGCUGACUAGUACUCAAAGAAAACUGCAGGCGCAGGAGUCCAUGUUGGCUCAGUCUCAAAUCUGCGUUCAGGAGCUGACCUCUGAGCUGAGGAACCGUUGUUUAGAGCUGAGAGAGCUGAGCCAGCGGAUACAGGACGAUGAGAAACUUUUCCAGGAGAAUGAGGUUCUCCGUAAGCAGAACGUGAAGCUGUCGGAGGAGAAUGGAAAACUUGUUGGACAUAAGAACCAUAAACAGAGGAUUGAAUAUCUGGUGAAGCUAAAAUUGGACAACACGAAACUUCAAGGGGAAAACGAAAAGCUCCGAACAGAGAUUAGCUUGAUGCGAGAAAGUGGAUGUCCACCGCUGGAGAUCCUGUAAAUCCCUCAUCUGAGUGUUUGAACAGAGGUGAAAGUGUCAGAAUUUAAAUUUGUUGUCUUUUUAAAAUUGUAUUUUCCCUUUUUUUACUCUUCUUAAUUUGAAUGGUUUUACGUACAAAGACAUUGUGGUUUAGGAUUGUAUUUCUUCUCUUCAUUCAGGAAAUGUGUUCAGGUUAUUGCAUCCCUAAACAAAUUUGACUGGAGGCCCAUUCGACCUUUCGAUUUUUUGUUUUUUUAAUUUACUGUAUGUUCACAAUCAUUUCGGGGUCUUAUUGAAAUGCUUAGGAUGAACUACAUGUUGUCCACAGACUACAUUCAAACAAAAACACUGCAGGAUAACAUCUUAAUGUGAAAACUGGACAUUAAACAUGUUCAGAAUAUUUUUGGUGCUUAUUUCCGAUUUGCUGUUAUGAGUUGUUACCACUGUUUAAUGUUUCUCAUAUACGUUUCCAUUAUACUGAGCCGUAUAGCUAAUGUAUUUUUAGCUCAAUGAACUUUGAACAUACUGUAAUUCAAAUAUUUGUUUCUAUCUAGAAGCUUUAAUUUGUCCAAUCGUAACCUUAUUUUUCUUUGAAAAUCCUGAAAAGUUAAAUAAAAAUGUUGAAAUAAGUGUUUCAGUAAAAGCUGCAACCUAAGGUAAUUUUUAAAUUUAUUUAUCUGCUGAUUAAUAUGUGAGUUAAUGGAUUUAAAUGU